AUGUCCCAGUUCCUCAUAGAGUGUCCAAUGUCUCAACAAGAUCGUUCUAGUGCUUCUACGACCAACCUCCUUCCUGUGGUCAUGAACGGUGACUAUUACGGCGGAUCAUCGGCUGCAGUUCCCUUCAAAUGGGAAUCUCAGCCCGGAACUCCGAGACAACGACAUUCUCCGGUCUCACCUCCACUCACACCUCCUCCUUCCUACUUCUACGCUUCUCCUUCCUCUACAAAACCUGUAAACCCUAGAAAACCCAACACUCACCUCGGUUCCGUGUUCAACAAGAAUCGUGGCGCCCCAUCUUCUCCAGCUGCUUCAUCUUCGUCAUCCUCGUCUACAACAUCUUCUGUGCCAUCUUCUCCGCUGAGAACACAUGAUUUGUACGGAAGGAACAGCCCUAGAUCACUGUGGUCCGGAUCUAAACAUUAUCGUGCUAAAUCUUCCGGAUGUUAG